AUGACAACUCGUAAAGUUUUAGGCGAGUUACAUAUUCAAAACGUAUCUGAACAGGAGCAAACUAAUAAACAAAAAAACAAAAGGAAUAUCUCGGAAAAAGAGACCGACCGAAAGGUUAAAAAAACGAAGAAUUGUGAUGUACAUGAACUAGAACUUGGGCAGAAAGAAUUCGACGAUACCUCUUGUAAUCUUGGCGAUAUUUUGGAUGAAGUAGAAUAUAUAAAUAUCUUAGAGACAAUCCCUAAUAAGCAUAAUACUGAAAUCAAAGCAUUAUCAGAACUUUAUAAAAAUCAAUUUCCACAAUGGUAUGUCGAGUUAACGUCUGGAUUCAACAUUCUAUUAUAUGGAUAUGGAUCAAAAAAAGAAUUACUUGAAGAGUUUUCUGAAACUUAUCUUAGGGACAAUCCACUUAUUGUGAUCAAUGGAUUCUAUCCAGAAUUAGAUAUUUGGGAAACUUUCAUGCAAAUUAUCGAUGGGAUUAAUAUUAACGUUAAUGUGAAGUCUGGGUCUCGCGCAUCCUUGGAAAAAUUAACAACAUUAAUCCAAGAAUAUUUUUUAAACCUUGACCGAGAUUUUCAACUCUUAUACAUUGUGAUUCAUAACAUUGAUGGACAAAACCUUCGUACUUUACAGAUACAGAAUUGUCUUAGCAUCCUCGCAUCUUGUCCCAACAUAUAUCUCAUUGCUUCCGUAGAUGAUGUCAACGCAACUUUGCUUUUUGAUCAAGAUCGAACUGCCAAGUUUAAUUGGGUUUGGCAUGAUACUUCUACAUUUAAAUCAUAUGAAACUGACAAAUAG